GGUAAUCUGCAUCUCAUAUUCUCAUCCAUCGCACGAGCCAGCCUGCAGUAGGCAGCCACUACAGCCCCUGAAGAAGAGGCACGGAUCACGGAUGCCAAGCAUGGCAUCCAAGUCCAAGGGUCUUGUUGUGCUUGCUCUCCUGCUUGCUGCUGCUAUCCUCGUCGCCUCGGCUGAUGAACACCCUCAGGCCAAGAAGGAAGAGAACGAGGCCGGAGUAGAGAACUUCUUCCACGGUGGCGGAGGCCACCACGGACACGGCAGGGGAGGCCACGGCGGAGGAGGUUACGGCGGCGGGGGAGGCUACGGAGGAGGCGGCGGAGGCUACCCAGGCGGUGGAGGAGGCUACGGCGGCGGUGGCGGCGGCUACCCUGGCCACGGCGGAGAAGGUGGUGGAGGCUACGGCGGCGGUGGCGGCUACCCUGGCCACGGUGGGGAAGGUGGUGGAGGCUACGGCGGCGGUGGCGGCUAUCCUGGCCACGGCGGAGAAGGUGGUGGAGGCUACGGCGGCGGUGGCGGCUACCCUGGCCACGGUGGCGAAGGUGGUGGAGGCUACGGCGGCGGCGGCGGUGGCUACCCGGGCCACGGAGGAGGAGGCGGCCACGGAGGCGGCAGAUGUAAGUGGGGCUGCUGCGGCCACGGGUUCCUUCACCAUGGCUGCCGCUGCUGUGCGCGCGCCGACGAGGUUCCGGAGGUCCGCAACUGAGCACACGUAACAAUGCAGCCAUGCAUACGUACGUACGGUAUAGGCUAGCUGCAUGCCUACCCUGGGUUGACUGUACGUCCAUGACAUUGCUCUGCACGCGUACGUGCAUAGUAAUUAAAUUACUCGUAAUAUAAAUAAACAUUGUCCCUGAUGAACAAAAGGAAGAGACCUUGUAGAACAGUGACCUUGUACGCGUUGCACAGUGACCUUGUAGAAUGCAUGCAUCCCCUGUGUGUUCUUGCAAGCGUGUAUGUAUGUCUCGUAUUAAUACCCCCGCUUUAUCUGUUAGUAGGUAAUGUGGAAUAAAAUCACACUGGGAUAAUA